UAAGAAGGGAAGAGUGGUGAGGUCUGUUUUCCCAGUUUUCAGCCACAAAGAGAAAAAUUCAGAAUUUUGCUGCAAUUUUAUUUAUUACUAUAAAAGUAAUAAAGGAUAAUCUUUGUUCAUCAAUUACUACAACUAUGGACUCUUCAUCAGCAAAAUGGUUGUCUGAACUGGGAAUGGAUGAAUACGACAUCAUCCACCAAUGUCAUAUGAACUCAUUAGCCGAACUUACCGCCGGUGAAGAUAUAACGGCGACAGCAUUUACCAGAGGGAACUUCAAGCAAUCAUCAUUUUCCUCUGAGAGCUAUUCUUCCUACCCAAAUUUCACCACCAAAAACAACAGCGUCUCCUCCAUUAAUGAAGCUUCCGACAGACCGAUAAAACAGCUGAAAACCGGUACCAGUUGGAACUCCAGCACCAUCACAAACAUCAACCAUGUCCCUGUCCCAAAAAAACCUUCUUCCCCGACCUCUCACAUUCUUUCAUUCGAGAAACCAGCAGCUUCAUUGCCUGCAAAUUCUAAGCAGCUUUACGGUAUCGACAAUAUCGUUAAGCCUAAAGAUGAAACUGUAUGUUCAGGAAAUAAUAUGAACUAUUUUGGUCAAUUUCAAAGCACAAAUUAUACGGCGAAAAACAGUAGGAGUUAUUCAAUGACGAGAAGCCCUUCGCAUGCUCAAGAUCAUAUAAUGGCCGAAAGAAAAAGAAGAGAAAAGCUCAAUCAGCGUUUCAUUGCUCUCUCAGCAAUUGUUCCUGGCCUUAAGAAGAUGGAUAAAGCUUCAGUUCUUGGUGAUGCAAUUAAGUACGUGAAACAACUUCAAGAACGUUUGAAAGUGCUAGAAGAGCAAACCAAGAAAAGAACAGUGGAAUCCGUAGUUUUCGUGAAGAAAUGCCAGUUAUUAUCGGCCGACGACGAAUCCUCUUCGUGCGAAGAAAACUCCGAUGGCCAAUCUUCGGAUGCGGCACUGCCGGAAAUCGAAGCUAAAGUCUCAGACAAUGACGUCCUUAUUCGAAUCCAUUGCGAGAAACACAAAGGUUUCAUAGCCAAAAUACUAAGCGAAAUUGAGAACCUUCGUCUCUCAAUUGUUAAUACCAAUGCUUUGCCUUUUGGGAAUUCAACACUUGACAUUACCAUAAUUGCUGAGAAAGAUGCUGAAUUCAAUAUGACAGUGAAGGAUCUUGUUAAGGAUUUGAGAAUGGCUUUAUUGAAGUUCAUGUGAAAUAGUUCUUGAAGUUUUACGUGUUGUUAUGUAAAUUCUUCCUUUUUUGUGAAGGUUUAAGAAAUUUAUUAAUUUAUUGGGUUUUGAGAGAUUUGAAGCGUUUUUAUCAAAGGACUAAUUAUCCCUCAA